AGAAGUAAAACAGACCAACUUUACUCCUCGGCUGGAGCGCGUGACAGAAGCACCUGCGGAGCCAGUGAAAGUGCGACUCAGCUAUUUGAGUUUGGGUGAAUCAUCCCAUCAAAGCCGGGACAUUUGACCACCUGUGAACCAUGGAAGACGACGCGUCCCACGCCGAGCCCGGCAGCAUCUCGGGCAGUACUCACACCAUCCCGCAGCAGCAGCCCGAAAACACGGAGAUCCUGAUCCCGAGCUUCAGCCCGUCUUCCGCCCCGUCCUCCCCGACCCCUGCCAACACCCUCUCCCGGCUUGGCUUUAAAAUUCCCACCAGCCCGAGCGCGGCCGCGCCGGGCAGCCCCGUGGACCGCGGCCAGGUGAGCGCCAUCACCGUGGUGGCGCUGCUGGACAAGCUGGUGAACAUGCUGGAGGCGGUGCAGGACAACCAGCAGCGGAUGGAGCAGCGGCAGGCCGACCUGGAGGGCGCCGUGCGGGUCGUACAGGGGGACGUGACCCGUCUGUCCAAGACCCACAUCAGCACCUCCAACAGCGUGAGCAAGCUGCUGGAGCGCUCCCGUAAAGUCAGCGGCCACCUGAAGGAUGUGAAGGAGCGCAUGGACAAACAGGCGGUCCAGGUGAAGAAGCUGGAGGCCAACCACAACCACCUGCUGAAGAGGAACCACUUCAAAGUGCUUAUUUUCCAGGAAGACAAUGAGAUCCCCUCCAGUGUGUUAGUCAAGGACUCCCUCAAGACCCCGCAACCAAGCCAGUAUGAUGCAGAGUCCACCCGGCCCACUCCAUCUAUUGCGGGCUCUGUUGACGGCAUCCGUGCCCAAGAGGAGGGUCUCCAGACCAUUAGCCUGUCCUCAGAUGAGGAAGAAGAGCUUGCACUACACCAGGAGGAAGAAGAGAUGCUGGAGGGUACUUCCCGCUCAUAUGAGAGAAGGGCUGACAAAUUCAAGCGCUCCAGCCUGAAGAAGGUCGACAGCCUCAAGAAGGCCUUUUCGCGCCAGAGCAUUGAGAAGAAGGUGACCCAGAUCACCACCAAGAUUGUGCCGCCGGAGAAGCGUGAGAAAUUCAAGAAGAGCCUCACCCCGAACCACCCCAAGAGCCCAACUGCCAAGUCCUCCUCAUUCAAGGUGUCCCCCAUGACCUUCAACGUGAAGAAGGUCAGAGACGGUGAGGUCCCCACACAAGACGUGGGCUCACCUGGGGAAGGAGCCCAUGUGGAGAUUCCUCCUUUGGGAAGCUUAGAUGGUGAGAUUCCCUUGGCGGAGGUGCACACCCAUGAAGGCGUUGUGGAGGAGAUUCAGGAGAAGCUGAGCCCCUCCACCCCAGACAGCAUGAAGGCACAGCUGGCAUUCAAUGGAGAACCACCAAACAUCGAGUGCGAGAUUAAUGGUGAUCGUUGUGCUGGCCUGGCAGUGCCAGAGCACGAUGAAGAUGUUGGCGAGGAAGAAGAUGAUGAGGAAGAUGAAGAGAAACUCAACAGCCCCGUUGAGACAGCAGCAGAUGCCCAGAUUCCUACAGCAACAACUGCUGUGCAGCAAGUGUCCUAAUGUGAUUUGAUUUUGCUGAGCUUCUAUUCUAAUUUCACAUUCUUCUUUUUCUUCCUCGAGUUUUUACAUUAACACCCAGCAGGCGCAAAUCAUCCCUCCAUUGUAAACAGUCCUGUGUUGUCAUGAACACCCAUAUAAACAAGAAUCAUACUGUCAGCCUCCUAGCAUCGUACCAUCAUUAUACCAUCCUUGGACCUUUCCUCCAACGCUGCCUUUGAUCUUUACCAGCAUCGUCUGAAAACCGCAUCAUCCGCAUAAGCAAUGAGGUUAACAGCUACACCUUCUUCUUAAACUCUCUAGUUGGUUGUUGUUGAAAGCAACAUUGCAUCAGUGCAUCGUAACUCACUCCCAUCCACUGGUGCCCACCACCUCAACAGCAGCUCAUCUCCAGGGCGGUGGGCCAACUAUCUACCCUCCUGCUGUGUUUGUCUGCCUCUGGACCUCCCUUCCUCACUGACAAAUAGUCUCUUUGUUCUUUGCAGUUUUCGUGAAAAAUAGUAAAUCUUUGGCAGCAGCGCCACUGCCCACAGCCUAUUGAGGCAGUGUGUUGCCAGGUUGUGCAAGAGAUGGAAUGAGCAGUUUCUAGGUUUUCAGUGAACAUGGCCUGGGGUGUUUUGUAGUGGACUGGAGGUUGUUUACAGAAUUCUUUGGACCUGUGCUGAAAACACCCUGAUCUUAACUAACUUCACUAGUCUGAGUGGCUGUGUCUUGUCUCCUGUCCUUCACCUGCAGUCGUCAAAUUUGUAUGUUACUUCACUAGUGAGAUCCAGUUUAUUAUUUCCAAUCGAACCUUAUCGUUGAUGACCUACCUAGAGUAGACUAUGAGUUGCAUAUGGUAAUAUUAUAGUAAUCUGUAACUGCCAAUUGACCACCAACAGUUACCCUUUUGAAUCGCUGAAAAGUAGAAUAGCACAGAAUCAUUUGAAAUAGUCAAAAUGUUCUAGCAAAUGACACCUUUUUGAUAUUCCUUAGAAAGAUAAAAGAAAUAUGUUUGAGUUCAGUCACACUGAUGCAAAUGAAGGACACUGCAGCAUAGAAGCUACUCUAGAUCUGGAGAGAUAUUUUACUGACACAAAUAACCCUGCAGGUUUUAAUACUGACAUGCUAAAUGUGCAUAUUACAGCCCUUUGUCUUUUCUGCAGGGCAACUUUAUGUUUAUGUAUAGGAAUUUUUUUUGUCAUUUACUAUAUGAGGCACACUACUCUCUGGGUAUUUACACCUUAUACACUAUAAUGUAAAUGGUAACUUUAUGAUAACUGCCAUGAGUGUGUGCAUUUACACAGUAAAUGUGGUGUCUGUAAAUUUUUUUGAGUUAUUUUAUGAUACUAGGGUGUUUAUAAGUCAUCUUUUACUUUCAGGUAUCCAUAACUUACAUGGGGAAUGUUUACUCAGUUUCAUAUGUUUAAGACAAAACACCAUCUCACAUACAUUUACCAGGACACCACCACUAAAGCCUCUCCACCUAGACACAUUCACACACAUACUCCUGCAGUGCCUUUACCUUGCACAGGCUGGUAUGCGUAAAUGCACGCCUGAUGGGAUGGACUUGUGUUUUUUAGAUAAGAGUGAUAGUAAAACAUGCCCGAAGGUUUUUUUCUCCCUCUUCUGAGGAAUUCCUUGCAGCUAUCACUUUAUAAGGCAUACUCAAGGUUUGAUACCAGAGAAUGAGAAUGAUUGAGUUUAAAGGAGGUGCAAAUACAUGUGUCACAAUCAACUUCAUGUUUUAGAGGUCAUAUCUUAAAGUCUCUAUAAAGUGACUUUCCUCUCAUUGCACAUAGUUUAGUGCUUUACCAGCCUUAGUUACAGAUGUCUAAUGCCAUAACUCCCUAAAAAUAAUUUAGCAAGUGAUACCAGGUGCCAAGGCUCCAGAUACUAUAGAGGUCACAGAAGUGGAUAAAGGCAGAGGACAGCACUCCUAGGUUUGACAGAUGACCACUGCUCAGCCCAUUUUUCAUGCUCUUGGCCUCCUUGUCGAGACUGUGCACAGAGAGGAAGAUGCUCUCUGGAGCCACAGGUGUUCUGCCCCAGUAGAGGCUCCUGGGCAUGAGGAUGUGGGUGAUGGGAAGUUUGAGAAAGGACGUCAGUUGUUGGAAAGUUGAAGUUGUCUCUGCGUCAUUCAUAUGUGCAACUCGGUAGAAAGGUGUCUGCAAAGUGUUAGACCGUGAGAAUUGAAAUAUGUUUCAGGGGGGUAUAGGAAUGAAAUGCUGGCACUGCAGGAUUGGGAAACCUCUGUUUCACUUACCCCACAUCCAUUAUAUUGCUUCUAAAGAUUCUUGACUCUUUCAAGUCAAAAUGUAGUGCCCACAAUAUUUUAUUAUAUCUAAACUUAUGCAAGGAAAUCACUUCCUAUAACUGAUGUCUGGUAAAUACAAAAAAUACAGUGCAUAUAACAGAAAUAUUUUCAACAGUACUUGAGAAAGUAAAGCAUUCAAAGCCUUCCGAGUGCUUGAUGUGUUCUAAACGUUAACCUGCCAGUCUACUCAAUUGGAUCUGUAAGGAGACAUAAAUCAUUUUAAAACUACUAGUUACCUAUUUAUUUUAAAUGUGCUUAGUCAGGCUUCUUUUUAAUUCUUAGUAUAAAUAAAAUUACUGAAAAAGGAUCAAACACUAGGCUUAUGUGUGCAUUCUCUAUAAUGUAGAGGUUGAAAUGUGACUGGCUUUGAUGCAUUUCUGCUUAUGCAAAUGUGUUAAUUUGGUGAUAUGUCUGCGUAUGUAAAAAAAUAUAUCUAUCUUUAUAUAUAGAUAUAUAUCUAAUAUCUAGAAAUAAAUAUCUAGACAUGUGUAUGUGUUUACAUGUCUGUUUUUAUUUGUGUUAAAAUCACUGUUAAAUCUGGAUCGUAUGUGAGGUUUGCUAUACAGUUCAAACACCAUAUACCUACUGCACAGGUAGUAAUAUUGUGUUUAAUGUCAUAUUUGUUUUUAUUUUUUAGUCUGUUCAUUUAGUUAACCACUUAAACCAAAGACGUUUCCUUCAUAGCAGAAAUUCCCCUGCCACUUGAGUGUUUAAAAUGUACUCCUCCUCCAGAAUUUACUUUCAAAAUUUAGUAUUGUAUACAUCAAUAAAGAUUUUAUAACAAUCA